CUGGAGCACUUCCGAACUGCCUGGUUGCCUUCCCAGAGCCCUGAGGUUUUAAAAGCGACCACAAUGAACAAGUUCCUGUGUUGCACGCUUGUGUUGCUGGACAUCUCUGUGAAAUGGACUGUUCCGGAGACCAUUCCUCCCAAGCACCCCUAUUACGACCGCAGGACGGGACUCCAACUGCUGUGUGACCAGUGCCCUGCUGGGACUUAUGUCAAAAAGCCCUGCACUGCGACAUCACAGACUGUGUGUGCGCCAUGCCCAGAAGGCCAUUAUGAAGAUGACUGGAACUUCGAUGACGAAUGCUUCUGGUGCAGUGCGGUGUGCCAGGAGCUGCAGUUUGUGCGGCAAGAAUGCACCAGUACCCAGAAGCGUAUCUGUGAAUGUGUUGAAGGGCGGUACUUUAACGUAGAAUACUGCGCGAGGCACACAAAAUGCCCUCCAGGGUUUGGAGUCGUUGAGAAAGGUACCCCUUGGACCGACACUGUUUGCGGGAGGUGUCCGGAAGGUUAUUUCUCUGAUGUAUUUUCGUCUUUAGCACCCUGCCGAAAAACUGAUGCACGGAGCGGAGAUACGAAACAGGACAAUGUGUGGCAGGGAGGAAAAGACAACAAAUCAGAUCAGCAAUGUGGAAUUGAUGUCACCUUAUGUGAGGAGGCAUUCUUCAGAUUUGCGGUUCCUACCAAACCCACCCCCAACUGGCUCAGCUCAUUGACGGACAGCCUGCCGGGGAAGAACAUCUCUGCGGAAGCCUUAGAAAAGAUUAAACAACGGAACAGCCCACAGGAACAGACUUUCCAGCUCCUGAAGUUAUGGAAGCAGCAGAACAAAGACCACAGUAUGGUCAUGAAAAUUAUACAAGAUAUCGAUCUUUGUGAGAACAGCAUCUUGAAACAGAUCGGCCAUCUCAACGUCACUCCCGAGCAACUCAACAUGCUAAUGGAAAAUUUACCAGGGGAAAAAGUUGGUAGAGAGGAAACUGAGCGUAUUAUGAAAGUGUGCCAGUCCGCAGAACAGAUCCCCAAACUCCUCAACUUGUGGAGAAUAAAAAACCAAGACCAAGACUCCAUCAAAGGCCUGAUGUAUGGACUGAAGCACCUGAAAGCGUACCACUUCCCCAAGACGACGAUUCAAGGCCUCCGGAAGGUGGUCAAGUCUCUCCGCAGCAGCACCAUGCAAAAAUUAUACCAAAAGCUUUUCUUGGAAAUGCUGGGGAAGCAGGCCCAUUUGGUGAAAGGAAAACUGGUGGUGUAGUUUCCCCGGUCUUCUCCUUCACCCUUCACUUGCUGCUAGUAGUGAUAAUUCAGU